UGGACAUGUUUUGGAUGCUUUUAUUCUGAAAUGCUCGAGGCGGAAAAGGUUGUUGCUACCAGGAAGAUAACACAGCGUGGCUUAUGCUGCUUCCCGGACGAUUUGAAACACGUUGAGCUCAAACUGAGGAUGACUGACUCAUCACUUCUCAACUCUGAGCUGGAGUUACAGCAACAAGAGGAACUCUACCAACAGAUGCUGCUGCAGACGAUGGGAAAGCUGCAGACGGAAUCUCCAGAUUCCAGACUAAUCCGGCCUCAACCAGGUCUGUGUGUGAAGACGUUCUCKGAGCCAGGCAAGCAGAAGGUUUUCAUAAACAUCUGUCAGUCGACUUCCGUCCCGCCGCCCCCUGACCUCUCCAGAGAGGAGCUCGUGCAGCUGCUCCAGUCGGAGGAUCCCAGCGGCUACAGGGUUCCGAUGAGCCUGGGAGAGCCGCACGCAGAAACUGACAACAACUCUCAGGGUUGCACAGCCUAUGACGUUGUUAUCAACCAGGACUUCUUCCAGAAGAGCCAGAAGGAUCCUCUGUUCCAGCAGUUUGUUAUCUUGGUGUCUGUGGAGGGCCUGGAGAAUAAAUACAGCCUGGAGCUAAACAGAGACUGGAAAGUGCUGAAGAAUAGAAAAUUCCUUGGCUCUGUCAGUGAGCAGAACAUCCGGACGAAGAGCAGGCCRGUGAUCCAGGAACUGCAGCCUCAGGAAACCGGCCCGGCAUGUGUUAAAAGACCAGAAUGCUCUCUGUUGGUGGAGCCCCCCACUGGACACCCUGAGUACCUCAUUGCAGAGAUAAAACUCCCUGGAGUGGUAAGCGGUGCAUUUGGUCCUUAUGGACCAAAUUAAAAACUUAGAAGUGAAGAUGAUGUGGUCUUACCCAAGCAAUUAUUUCGACUCAUCAGUCUGGGAAAGGUUACGAGGCCAGUUCCAAAACACUGCGAGUGUCAGCUUUCUGGCUGCUUGUUUAGUGUUUAAACUUUAUGAUAGGACAUUUGUGGGGGGGAAUAAACAGCAAAUGCAUGGUUGGAGUGAAACAAACACAGCAAAUAAUCUUUUUUUUCUUUUCUUUUAUGUGUUUAUAUUCUACCAGAUAGACCRGUUCCAAUUUCAUAAUUCAUAACACGUCGUCUCGAGUUAGUUUUCACAAAAAAAAGGUCAGCAAAUCUACAGCAGAGAGCUGAUUUAAAGGGACAGUGUUAUGUAAAAUGUACUUUUUUUUACCUUUUUAUCAUGCUGUAAUGUUAUUCCCUCAUCAAAAAUACACCUGGAAUGUUGCCUUGAUUCUUUCAUGCGUAACUUAAUGUCCUGUGGCWAAACGCCUUCAAGGUGCAGCUCCUCCUCAGGGCUGCAGUUUCCAAGCUUUCGUCUCUUUUAAUAAACCUAAGCAACAUUUUAAAACCAGUGGGAGAAUCUGAUUGAGUCAUUAAAUAAUGUACCCUUAGUAAUUGUCAAUCAUGUUUUCCAUGUUUUUAUGCAUUUUUCUUGUGUUUGAUACUUUGAUCAGUCUUCCUGUUUUUUAAGUAUCUAUAAAAAAGUUGACUUGGCUAAAGGUUGUUUUAUGAUGCAGUAAAAAAAAACUGGUUGCCAUUUAUAGACUAUUUGUGAAGUGUCCUGACUUUCCCCAUUCCUAAAAUGUCAACCAGUCAAACUAAAACAAGAUUCUCCAGAAGUACCAACAGGUUGGUACUGCAGUCAGAAUCCAAUAAUCUUGGUUGUUGUUAUCUAUAUUGUUGCUAGUCUUGUAUUACUAAAGAGCAAGAAAACAUUACACGACAUGGCAUGCUUGACUUGUCUUUAUCAUUUGCCGCUCUACAUGUAGUAUAACCUGUCGCUGACACUCAGCCUGAGGCGCACGGCUUCACCUGUACUUGCUGGACGGUUUGUUGUGUCGAGUCACGACAUUCGACAGCCUCGUAAAAGCAACACAAUAGAAAGCAUAAAGGAGCCAGUUCAGACCAGUUUGCACAUUAAAUCUUCACAGUAGAAGUCAUUUCAGUUGACAUAAUUAUCUAGCCAUCUGUACUGAUUUGUUUAAAUCAAUGCGAUAAGUCAUUGUUCACAACCCGCUUUAAGAGAUUUAAUAUAUAUAUUUAUUUGAUACAUGACKUUGGCAGUCAGAGCGGCGCUGCCUUGGGCUGGUAUGGCUCAAUAAGUGUGGUGUGUGUUGGAAUUUGUGGCAGAUUAUCAGACAGUCAUCUCGUUUCAUGGAGAGGUUUUUGCUUCAUCUUGAUAUAAACACCUAGCAGUUAGUUUCACCGCAGCUUCUGCAGUCGAGUUGCAACAUUAAAUGAAAGAGGUAAUGAGGAGCAGGGUUGGCGUUAACUAAUGCAGACCAGUUGUUGGGUUUUGGCGGCCUUUUGGGUUUUCUGUACAAGUAGAACAAACAGUCUCUGUUCCUUUAUCUUCUCCAUAUGUACAAAGUGACUGAUGGCUUGAGGUGAAAUACGACAUCAUACAAAUACAACAAAGCAUCGAGUCAAAGAGGCUGAGUAGAAGCCCAGGGACACUUUCCGAAGCAUAAAACAGAAGCCAUAAAUUCUGUCCAUUCACUUUGUGUUUGUGGAUUACUUUGUUUGGGUCCCAAUGAAAAUAUCCUGGUUAGGUACCUGUUCUCCUGACUGCAUCUCACACACACAGAAACAUGGAAUAGAAACCAGAUCCAGAGAGAAAUGUUAGCUACAUUACUGCCAAUAGAAAAAAGAAUGCCAAAAGUGUUUAGAAAAUGUUAAUGUAGCCCGGGAAAUACUUAGCCUCACAGGACACAAUAACUGGGGUUCUUAAUGUGCAGUAUAUUUUAUUAUCAGUUGGAACAGACUGAACAAAGCUGU